UCCUCUCCCGGCCGUACCUGCCCUCCUGACGCUCAGUAGCUUCCCCUGAGUUUUGGUUCCCGAGUUGGAUUUAUCGCUGUGGCAGGCCGGGCUCACGCCAUUUUCUGCGCCUCGGACCCCGUGGUGAGCCCGGCCUCCUCGGGGCCGCGCGAAGUCGGCCGGGAGCGCGCGAGAAAAAGGAGAAAAUGCCUAAAAAAAAGACUGGUGCGAGAAAAAAGGCUGAAAACCGCCGAGAACGUGAAAAACAACUAAGAGCAUCAAGAAGCACUGUAGACUUAGCCAAGCACCCGUGCAAUGCUUCCAUGGAAUGUGACAAGUGUCAGAGACGGCAGAAGAAUAGAGCAUUUUGCUAUUUCUGUAAUUCUGUACAGAAGCUUCCAAUUUGUGCACAGUGUGGGAAAACUAAGUGCAUGAUGAAGUCUUCUGACUGUGUCAUAAAGCACGCUGGUGUGUACAGUACUGGCCUUGCCAUGGUGGGUGCAAUAUGUGACUUCUGUGAAGCUUGGGUUUGCCAUGGAAGGAAAUGCCUCAGUACACAUGCGUGUGCCUGCCCUCUCACUGAUGCGGAGUGUGUUGAAUGUGAGCGAGGUGUAUGGGACCAUGGAGGCAGAAUAUUCAGUUGUUCUUUUUGCCGAAACUUUCUCUGUGAAGAUGAUCAGUUUGAGCACCAGGCCAGCUGCCAAGUUUUAGAGGCAGAAACAUUUAAGUGUGUUUCAUGCAAUCGUCUUGGUCAGCAUUCAUGUCUCCGAUGUAAGGCUUGCUUCUGUGAUGAACAUACAAGGAGCAAGGUGUUUAAGCAAGAAAAGGGAAAACAGCCUCCUUGCCCUAAAUGUGGACAUGAAACUCAGGAGACGAAAGAUCUUAGCAUGUCAACACGCUCCCUGAAAUUUGGGAGGCAGACUGGAGGUGAAGAAGGAGAUGGAGCUUCUGGGUACGAUGCUUAUUGGAAGAACCUUUCCUCUGACAACUGUGGUAAUGCUGGCUACCAUGAUGAGGAGGAGGAUGAGUAUGAAGCAGAAGAUGAUGAAGAGGAAGAUGAUGAAGGCGGGAAGGAUUCAGAUGCUGAAUCAUCAGAUCUGUUUACUAAUUUAAAUUUAGGAAGGACCUAUGCUAGUGGAUAUGCUCACUAUGAGGAACAGGAGAACUAGGAGACCUGCUUGUCCAUUGGCAGUUGUAUGAGAGAAGCAGGAAUGUGUGCUUGAUGAAUCACAUGUGGAUGUUCAAAAGCCCACCUGGGUCUUGUGCAAAAGACAAGUCACUCUAGGCCCAGGAGUAGAGUGUAGCAUUUUUAUAGGACUGAUAACCAGACUUUUAGUGUAAGAAAAUGAGUUUCAAAUGCAAGGUCUUUAUUGAUCCAGGCAAAUGAAGUAUCAUGGAUUGGAUUGUUGCUGAUCUCAGUAAUCUAGUAGGUUUUGCCAAGUAGAUACACAUAUUCAGGAUAAAGGAAUAGAAAGGUAAUAUAUUUAUUUGAAAUUAAAUUACUGUUUUUAUUUAAAAAGCAAUGCUUAAAAAUUCAUUGUGUCUGAUUUUGUAAAUUGUAAUUGAUUACUGUAUUUUUCUUUUAUGUCUACCCACAGAGUAAAAGUCAUAUUCUAAAUUUUCAUUAAAGAUUC